AUGGAAAACCGCUUCAAGCUGAAGCUCUCGCGCAUGUUCCACAAGGCCUCACUCGGCACCUGCCGCUCACGUAGCCUCUCCGACGUGAUCGAAAAAGCUGUGUUUUUGCCUCAGAAUUGUAACACUAGUACCGACUCUCCUCCAAAACCAGCUCCUCCUCCUCCUAAGCCUUUUCCGGCAAUUUGCCGGCCUAAAUGCUCCGACGACCCGAAGCAACAACCCAUCAACCACCGCUGCGUCAUUUCCAGAUCCAACACUGACCUCAUGCUCCCCAGACGCAAGAUUUUCGAACGUCGCUCCCCGUUUGUGAAGUCUGAAAUUCCUCCAAAUCCUCUGUUCUCGAACUCAAAUCCGUUCUACGAAGUCCAUGAAAGUCACAGCUUUCGACAGAGGAAGAAGAGAGGGAGCAAGAAAAAGAAGAAGAGGAGUCAGAAGAGUGAUAUUUCUUCUUUGGAUAGUAAUCACUACUACCACAAUGGGUGGUGGUCCAGCAGUGAAGAUGAAGAGAAAGAAGACGAGACUGAUACUCUGUUUUCCUCCAACACUCACACUUCCGAUUCGUCAGUGAAGGACAGCUUCGCUGUGGUGAAGAAAUCUAGUGAUCCUUACAACGAUUUCAGAACAUCAAUGGUGGAAAUGAUCGUGGAGAAGCAGAUAUUUUCAGGCAAAGAUCUUGAGCAUCUUUUGCAGUGUUUUCUGAAGCUGAACUCGCCUCAUCAUCACAGAGUUAUUAUUGAGGUGUUCACUGAGAUUUGGGAGGCUCUAUUCUCCAACUUGGGGACUUGA